AUGGCCAACUCAGUGUACGCCUACGUGCGCGACUACGAGGCCGAGGUGCCGUGCCUGCCCAACACGUGGAUAGUGGUGCGAUUGGAUGGCCAGACCUUCCACAGGUUUGCUGACAAGCAUGCCUUCGUGAAGCCCAACGACGAGCGCGCACUGAGGCUGGCCUGUGCGGCAGCGAGGCGCGUCAUGCACCAGCACGGUGACAUUGUCCUCGCCUACGGUCAAUCCGACGAGUUUAGCUUCGUCUUUAGACGCUCUACUGACUCGUUUAAUCGACGUCCCAGCAAAUUGAUGACGACAGUGACCUCGCUGUUCGCUUCGUCCUACGUUUUUGAGUGGCCUAAGUACAUGGUGGACACGCCAUUGCUCUAUCCACCCGCCUUUGACGGUCGCGUUGUCCUCUAUCCCACCGACAAAAACCUACGCGACUACCUGGCCUGGCGUCAGGUUGACUGUCACAUCAAUAAUUUGUACAAUACGUGCUUCUGGAACCUCGUCCAGCGUGGAGGACUGACAACAGCCGCGGCUGAGGAGAGGCUGCGUGGGACAUUGUCUUCAGAUAAGAAUGAAAUACUCUUUUCCGAAUUCGGCAUUAAUUACAACAACGAACCGCAAUUGUUCCGGAAAGGAACGGUGAUUUUCAGGAAGGGGCCGAAGAAGAUGGCAGUGGAGGAACGAAAUUGUGACAUAAUAAAGGACGACUUUUGGAUCGAGAAUCCGCAUUUAUUGGACCCUGCUACGAUAUUCCAAAAAUUGGGUCUCAAUGCUGUUGGUGUUUGUUAUCGGACCACUCUUCAACCCACUAGGCUCUUAUUAGCCCUUGCGAAAGGUGGACAUCUUCUGCGCUCUAUUUCCACUCUUCCCCUUAUAAAGAAGGUUGCGGUUUCCUCUGCCCUCCAGACUCAACAUCUUUGCCAGUUCUCCACUGGCAAAUGUCUUGAAUCAGGCCAAGCAAUGACAUCUCGUCUCACUGGCAAAAAAACCAAAUUGUGGGAACUCUACAACGAAGUCGUCUAUCCUCCAGGUGAAAAUACCACCGUUACAGCUGAUGGCGAAGAAUCCGUUGAACCUCGGCCUGCUGAAGUCACCUAUACGAAGGAGAAUAUCUUGUAUAGCCAAAAAAAGCUCUGGUUGCUGGCUUUUAUGAUCCGUGGCUUGUCUGUGGACGAGGCUUUUCAGCAGCUUGGCUUCCGACCAGAAAAGGGAGCUCGAAUCCUCGAAAAGGCCCUUGAAGCUGCCAUCGAAAGGGCAGUUACAGAACACGACGUCGAGUUUUGCACAAAUUUGUGGGUUGAGCAAGCACUGGUACUGCGAGGUGAUAGCGUCCCGCGAAUCCACAAGGGCCUCCGAACUACAGUGUCGAAGUCGAACUAUCAUUACGCACGACUGAUGCUGCGUUUGCGCGAGGGUGUUCCACCAGUACUUUACCAUCCCUACCGCAUCCGCAAUUCCUGGCAUCCCGCGCCCAACUGCCCCGCAGAUGGCGCGCCGGGUUGGGGCUCCGCUCACGACAUUCUCGACAUACAAAUACGCAAACUCCGGCGCCGGCGUAUCCCUGGCGAACUCUAG